GACUCUCUACCACUCCAGAAGAGAUUGCAGAGGUGCUGGGAGGGCACCACUGUGGUCCCCCCUCCCAUUCUGGGUAGAUCCUAACGGCCUUCAUGCCUCCUGUCCUUCUGCUCACAGGUGAAGGCUGAACAUGCCUGGCUCUCCGUGGUGACCUGAGAGGAGAGCUUGAUUCACUGUGAAGGAGAAACGCCAGCUCCAAGCCAAACUGGAGAACUUGGAACAGGUCCUGAAGCAUAUGCGAGAGGCUGCUGAACGGCGGCAGCAGCUGGAGUUGGAGCAUGAGCAAGCCCUGGCUAUCCUCAAUGCCAAGCAGCAGGAGAUCCAGCUUCUGCAGCAGGCUCAGGUUGAAGCUAAGAAGGAGCAUGAAGGUGCAGUGCAUCUGUUAGAGUCCAAGGUCCGAGAGCUGGAAGAGAAAUGUCGCGUGCAGAGUGAGCAGUUUAACCUUUUGUCCCGGGACCUGGAGAAGUUCCGGCAGCACACUGGGAGCAUUGACUUGCUGGGCAGCAGCUCAGUGGCCUUGUUGGAUGUCCCCUUGGCCCCUGGCAAGCCUUUCCCGCAGUACAUGAAUGGACUAGCCGCCUCGAUACGCAAAGGUCACGAGGGCCCCACCGGACACUACUCUGUGAUUGGUGACUAUAUCCCAUUGUCUGGGGACAAGCUGGAGCCUCCGUGUGUGAAGCCCUCCUUCCUGUUACGAUCCAGCAGCCCAAGAUGCAGAUUUGAGUCCGAGAUGGACAAUGACCGGAACUCUAACAACUCCAAGCAAAGCAGCUCGGGGAAAGUGCACCUGUGUGUCGCCCGAUACAGUUACAACCCCUUUGAUGGGCCCAAUGAGAACCCGGAAGCUGAGCUGCCUCUCACGGCGGGAAAGUACCUCUACGUCUAUGGGGACAUGGAUGAGGAUGGGUUCUAUGAAGGGGAGCUGCUGGAUGGGCAGAGGGGCUUAGUGCCCUCCAACUUUGUGGAUUUUAUCCAGGACAAUGAGUCCCGGUUGGCUGGUACUCUGGGGAGUGAGCAGGACCAGAACUUUCUCAACCAUUCUGGCAUCAGCCUGGAUCGUGACAGCAUCCUUCACCUUCCCUCCCCAACUCAUGUGGACUCAGGCAUCACUGACAAUGGUGAGGGGACUCUGGACAUGAACAUCGACGACAUCGGAGAAGACAUUGUGCCUUACCCUAGGAAAAUCACCCUUAUCAAACAGCUUGCCAAAAGUGUCAUCGUGGGCUGGGAGCCCCCCGCUGUGCCCCCUGGCUGGGGCACCGUGAGCAGUUACAACGUGCUGGUCGACAAGGAGACACGCAUGAGCCUCCCCCUGGGGAGGAGAACCAAGGCGCUAAUCGAGAAACUUAACACAGCCGCCUGCACCUACCGCAUCUCCGUGCAGUGCAUCACGAGCCGGGGCAACUCGGAUGAACUGCAGUGCACGCUGCUGGUGGGCAAGGAUGUAGUAGUGGCCCCAUCCCAGCUGCGUGUGGACAACAUCACACAGAUCUCUGCCCAGCUCUCCUGGCUGCCCACCAACAGUAACUACAGCCAUGUCAUCUUCCUCAAUGAGGAGGAACUGGACAUCGUGAAGGCAGCCAGGUACAAGUACCAGUUCUUCAACCUCAGGCCUAAUAUGGCUUACAAGGUGAAGGUCUUGGCCCAGCCCCACCAGAUGCCCUGGCAGCUACCGCUGGAGCAGAGGGAGAAGAAGGAGGCCUGUGUGGAGUUCUCCACGCUGCCUGCAGGCCCCCCGGCCCCACCACAAGAUGUCAUCGUCCAAGCUGGGGCCACAGCCGCCAUGGUUCAGGUCUCCUGGAGGCCCCCUGCGCUGACUCCCACUGGGCUGUCCAACGGAGCCAACGUCACAGGAUACGGCGUGUAUGCCAAAGGGCAGAGGGUGGCUGAGGUCAUCGCUCCCACAGCAGACGGCACGGCGGUGGAGCUGGUCCGGCUGCGAAGCCUGGAGGCCAAGGCCGUGAGUGUGCGCACCCUGUCUGCACAGGGAGAGUCCAUGGAUUCUGCCCUCGCUGCCAUCCCCCCCGACCUCCUGGUGCCUCCAGCCCCCCACCCGAGGACUGCUCCCCCACCAAAGCCAUUAGCAAGUGACCUGGAUACCAAAGACCAACACCUGGGUCCCCACGUCAAAGUGGACGAGUCCUGGGAGCAGAGUCGGCCACCCGGCCCUGCACAUGGCCACAUGUUGGAACCACCUGACAUGCACAGCUCUGGCCCCGGCAGAAGGUCACCCUCGCCCAGCCGGAUCCUCCCUCAGCCACAGGGAGCCCCCGUGUCCACCACCGUCGCCAAGGCCAUGGCCCGGGAGGCUGCACAGAGGGUGGCCGAAAGUAGCAGGUUAGAGAAAAGGAGCCUCUUUCUGGAGCGGAGCAGUGCUGGGCAAUAUACCAACUCAGACGAGGAGGAUGGCUACGCCUCCCCUGAGGUCAAGAGGAGGGGCACCUCUGUGGAUGACUUCCUGAAAGGGUCGGAGCUGGGCAAGCAGCCGCACUGUUGCCAUGGAGAUGAUUACCACACAGAGAGCAGCCGGGGGUCAGACCUGUCGGACAUCAUGGAGGAGGAUGAGGAGGAGCUGUACUCAGAGAUGCAGCUGGAGGAUGGGGGCCGGCGCCGGCCCAGUGGUACCUCUCACAACGCCCUCAAGAUUUUAGGAAACUCUGCUUUGAUGGGGCGAGGAGACCGGAUGGAUCACGUGAGCCGAAGGUAUCCUCACGGUGGCGGAGGUCCUCAGAGGCACCGGCCGACGAUGGCUCCAUCCAUUGAUGAAUACACUGGGCGAGACCGCCUUUCUCCGGACUUCUACGAUGAGUCAGAAACUGACCCUGGUGCUGAGGAGCUCCCGGCCCGCAUCUUUGUGGCACUGUUUGACUAUGACCCACUCACCAUGUCCCCGAACCCUGACGCUGCGGAAGAGGAGCUUCCCUUCAAAGAAGGACAGAUCAUCAAGGUAUAUGGAGACAAAGACGCAGAUGGCUUCUACCGUGGGGAGACCUGUGCCCGGCUUGGCCUCAUUCCCUGUAACAUGGUCUCCGAGAUCCACGCGGAUGACGAAGAGAUGAUGGACCAGCUGCUGAGACAAGGCUUCCUCCCUCUGAACACACCCGUGGAGAAAAUAGAGAGAAGCAGAAGAAGUGGCCGGGGUCACUCUGUGCCCACGCGAAGAAUGGUGGCACUCUACGACUAUGACCCGAGGGAAAGCUCCCCCAACGUGGACGUCGAGGCUGAACUUCCGUUUUGCACAGGAGACAUUAUUACUGUUUUUGGUGAAAUCGAUGAAGAUGGAUUUUAUUAUGGAGAGCUGAAUGGGCAGAAGGGCCUGGUGCCUUCCAACUUCCUGGAAGAAGUGCCUGAUGAUGUGGAGGUCCACCUUUCUGAUGCUCCGCCCCACUACUCCCAGGAGCCACCCAUGCGCUCCAAGGCCAAAAGGAAGAAGAGUGUUCAUUUCACACCCUAAUCAGGCAUGUAGCCUUCACGUAAGUGAGCAACCGAAGACACCUUAGAGAGAUACCGACUUAAGCUACCCUAAGCGGACAGCGCGGUAGUCUUAAGACUUCAAUGUGGGCUUAAAGAAAGAGAGAGAGAAAAGAAAUAUGUCUCAAAAAACCCAUUGGACCUAAAGUAUUAUAGGCUGUCUCACCUGGUCUCAGUUGCCCGGCAACUGGAUGCAUAGUGAAACGAAUCAUCUCGAACAAUCAUUUUUAAAUAUGUCCAUUGAGAAUACGGGAAAGGCCAACCUUGGGAACAUAUUUCUUAAAGCUGUUUGUUUACACAGAGUGCGCCAGCGUGUACUCACAGGGGACGCUGCCUGUUGCAUUGUUAGCCACCCUCAGUAAAAGCACAACAUGAUCCACGUGUUUACUGUAAGCACGUUUGAAUCAUACCAAUAGCCAAGACUUUCAAACUUUUCAUCCCAGAUCAAGCCCUGAGGGGUGGCCUUGGCUCUGGGCAUGCCAAAGCUGGCCGGAACACCCAGCUGCAGCACCUUGGCCUUAGGAGCAGGUGUUCCCUCUCCUCAAAGCACAAUUGUUCCGAGCUCAUGGAGGUGAGAGAGAGGUGUGGGCAUACCAAUGCAACACUGUCUCCCGACUCGGCAGCUCCCGCGAUUGCACUAGCUGGCCCCCCGUGGUAUCUUCAGGUGUGCUUUGGGGUGCGCCCUAGGUGUUCUCCAUUAGAGGUAGACCUUGAUUUUAAAUCCAAGCAAGCUUGGGGCCCCCUUGCCUUGUAACGGUAUGCCCGCCGCGGGCCUGGCUCUCAACUUGCCAGGUUUUGCUCUGGGGAGUUUAGAGAGCCAGAGGCCUGGCGAUCACUGGCCAUGCUCCGGUGUGCCUAGCUGCAGAAUGAAGUAAAAUUGGCACUCUCAGUCCCUGAAUCAAAUUCUACCCCUUCGAAGCACUGAUGGUUGGCUUUUUUUUUUUUUCCCACCUGAAAGUCUCUCAAAACCUACCAUGUGCUGGGGAAAAAAACAUACACUCCUCUAUUUGGAAAUGGUAAGAGUGUCCAAGAAGGGCCUUUGAGCUUCCUUAGAUUGCAAUUAAGGUUCAUUCCAGUUUUUUUUUCUUUCAAACAGUGUGCCAUCCCCAAAGUUUCUGUAGGAUUCUAACUGACCCAAGGGCUCACUCCACCAUGGCAGGGUCUUAGCUACCCACCUAGUUCACGAUCCAUCCAAAUUCCCAUUGAGACCUUUUGCUUUACAAUGAUUGAUGGGUACGCGGCCACCUUGCCUACCCAUCUGAUUGACAAUACCUUCCCCUGCUUUUAGUCUGAAUUUUCAGAGUAAAUUAUGGCCUGGCUCUCUUUGCCAAAGCGAUGGCCACCCCGUCUCCCAAGACAAAGACAGCGAAAGCCCAUCGAGGCCAGCCUCUCUCUCAGAGGGGCCUUGGGAGCGGGCGUGUGCUUCUCAUGGCAUACUUUAAAAAUUGAAAGAAGAAACGAACCACCCACCCUUUCCCCUGGCUGGCGGGAGAUGGGGCAGUACGCGUUACCGAGUGAAUUGUUGUUGGCGCUGACGCACUCAAACUGUCGCAAUGUACCUACUAGGUUCCUCCCGAGGGUUCAGGGACAGCAAGGAGAGCUCCAUCCCCCACAGCCCAUCUCCAUUCGGGGUCACCUACGUCAUCUAUGGGUUCUGGU